CGCUAACAGUAGCACAACCGCACAGACACUUCAGGUAUUUUAUAUUCAUACAGACUGAAGGAAAACAAAUAAAUAAACACAAACAGUUCGAACUAAAAUAUCGUUAGGACUUGCAAAGUGUCCUGGAAAUUAACUAAAACUGGAAAGUAGGCUACCGCCACAGCAAACUGCUGUGUGCAUGGUUCACCUUUACCUUGCAGUUAAGCUACGUCUUCACACUGGAUCAAUACCUAAACAAAUAAAGGUAAGUACGCUUAUCAAAGAAGACGCACAUCGUCGCCACUGUGAUUGAGCUGACACUCUGGACUGAGGCUCGAGAUUCCUCUAGAGUUCUUCAAGAGAAGAGGCGACUGGGAUAAAGACUCAAAGACAAAAUGAGCACCGAUAAAAGCAAGAUGGAGGAUGAAGCUGUGUUGGACAGAGGGGCUUCCUUUCUAAAACACGUCUGCGAUGAAGAGGAGGUAGAAGGACACCACACCAUCUACAUUGGCGUGCAUGUGCCCAAAAGCUACAGGAGGCGAAGACGCCACAGGAGGAGAGUGGGACACAAGGAUAGAGGAGAGAGAGAGAAAGUGACGGAAAAUGCCUCUGACAAGUCGGAUGUGGAAAACAAUGAUGAGACCAGCAACAGCAUCCUUCGACCACUCAUCUCCCCUGCAGCUGAGAGGAUUCGCUUCAUGCUGGGGGAGGAGGAUGACAGCCCGGCUCCCCCUCAGCUCUUUACAGAACUGGAUGAACUGUUGGCUGUAGAUGGACAAGAAAUGGAAUGGAAGGAGACAGCACGGUGGAUCAAGUUUGAAGAGAAGGUUGAAGAGGGAGGUGAAAGGUGGAGUAAGCCUCAUGUCGCCACGUUGACCUUACACAGUCUGUUUGAGCUGCGGACCUGUAUAGAGAAGGGGACCGUAAUGCUGGAUUUGGAAGCUGCUACACUUCCUCAGGUUGUGGAGAUGAUCACUGACAGCCAGAUUGAGAACGGGCUGCUGAAAGCAGAGCUCAAGGACAAAGUGAUGUACACCUUACUGCGGAAGCAUCGCCACCAGACCAAGAAAUCCAACCUGCGCUCACUGGCUGACAUUGGCAAGACAGUCUCCAGUGCAAGUAGGCUGUUUACCAACCCGGAUAAUGCACGUAGUCAGCUUGAAAACCCUGUGCCUUGCCUAACAAUCCGCACCUCGGACGAGGACCUUCAAGCCUGGAAGAGCCCGAGUAUGGGGUGGCUUAGUAGCCCAACAACUACCCAUCGAAACUUGACAUCCAGUAGCAUGAAUGACAUUUCCGAUAAACCAGAAAAAGACCAGCUGAAAAACAAGUUCAUGAAGAAGCUUCCCCGGGAUGCUGAGGCCUCCAACGUGCUGGUAGGCGAGGUGGAUUUCCUGGACAGCCCCUUCAUUGCUUUUGUGCGGCUUCAACAAGCAGUAAUGUUGGGAGCCCUGACUGAAGUUCCUGUACCGACCAGAUUCCUUUUUAUCCUGCUGGGACCCAAAGGCAAAGCCAAGUCUUACCAUGAAAUAGGGAGAGCCAUUGCCACUCUCAUGUCGGACGAGGUGUUCCAUGACAUUGCAUACAAAGCCAAGGACAGGCAGGACUUGUUGGCUGGAAUCGAUGAGUUUCUGGAUGAGGUGAUUGUUCUUCCACCAGGUGAAUGGGACCCUGCCAUUAGGAUAGAACCUCCAAAAUCUCUUCCAUCAUCAGACAAGAGAAAGAACAUGUACGCUGGCGGGGAUAACGUGCAGAUGAAUGGGGACACACCCCUUGAUGGGGGACACGGAGGUGGAGGACAUCAUGUGAGCGAAGAGCUUAAAAAAACUGGAAGGUUUUGUGGUGGCCUAGUCCUAGAUAUCAGGAGGAAAAUCCCAUUUUUUGCCAGUGACUUUUAUGAUGCAUUAAGCAUCCAGUCCCUGUCUGCAAUACUUUUCAUCUAUUUGGCAACAGUAACCAAUGCCAUCACUUUUGGAGGCUUGCUGGGAGAUGCUACUGAUAAUAUGCAGGGUGUGUUGGAGAGCUUCCUAGGCACAGCAGUUUCUGGAGCUGUCUUCUGCCUUUUCUGUGGUCAGCCCCUUAUUAUCCUUAGCAGCACAGGUCCUGUACUAGUCUUUGAGAGGCUGCUCUUUAAUUUCAGCAAGGAUAAUGACUUUGACUACCUAGAGUUCCGACUAUGGAUAGGCCUGUGGUCAGCGUUCUUCUCCCUCCUCCUGGUUGCAACUGAUGCCAGCUUCCUGGUCCAGUAUUUCACCCGGUUCACAGAAGAAGGCUUUUCCUCGCUUAUAAGCUUCAUUUUUAUCUAUGAUGCCUUUAAAAAGAUGCUCAAGAUGGCAGACUACUACCCAAUCAACUCGGACUAUAAGCUUGAUUAUGUAACCCUUUAUGGCUGUACGUGUAUGCCGUCUACACUAGACAAUAGCUCGGUACUGUUAACUGAGACAUCAGAUGCGUCUUCUACUUUGCUUUUCAACAACUCUGGUUUGCUUUUAAAUGCAACCUGGUCUUCCCUGUCAAAGAAGGAGUGUAUUAAGUAUGGUGGGGAGCUAAUUGGAAAGAGCUGCAAGUAUGUUCCAGACAUCGCCCUGAUGUCCUUUAUCCUCUUCUUUGGCACCUACACUGUUUCCAUGGGUCUGAAGAAGUUCAAAACCAGCCAAUUUUUCCCCACCACUGUUAGGAAGCUUAUCAGUGACUUUGCCAUUGUCUUGUCCAUUCUGAUUUUCUGUGGAGUUGAUGCAUUGGUUGGGGUGGACACACCGAAGCUUAUUGUGCCAAGCGAAUUCAAGCCAACAAGCCCAAAUAGAGGCUGGUUUAUCCCUCCAUUCGGAGGCAAUCCCUGGUGGGUUUACCUGGCAGCGGCCCUCCCUGCACUGCUAGUCACCAUCCUCAUCUUCAUGGACCAACAGAUCACAGCUGUCAUUGUCAACAGGAAAGAACACAAGCUCAAGAAAGGUGCUGGCUACCACCUGGAUCUCUUCUGGGUAGCCAUUCUGAUAAUAGUGUGUUCAUUUAUGGCACUGCCCUGGUACGUUGCUGCUACUGUCAUCUCAAUUGCCCACAUUGACAGCUUGAAAAUGGAGACAGAAACCUCAGCGCCUGGAGAGCAACCAAAGUUUUUGGGAGUUAGGGAACAAAGAGUGACUGGGACCAUUGUCUUUCUUCUGACUGGUGUGUCUGUCUUCAUGGCUCCAAUCCUGAAGUUCAUCCCAAUGCCGGUUCUUUAUGGAGUUUUCCUCUACAUGGGUGUUGCUUCAUUAAAUAAUGUGCAGUUCAUGGAUCGAUUGCAGCUGCUUUUAAUGCCAGCCAAACAUCAGCCGGAUUUUAUCUACCUGCGGCAUGUGCCACUUCGUCGAAUCCACUUGUUUACUUUCAUUCAGGUGCUCUGUCUGGCCCUGCUAUGGGUUCUCAAGUCAACCGUGGCUGCCAUUAUUUUCCCAGUCAUGAUCCUGGCCCUAGUGGCUGUGCGGAAGGCUAUGGACUACCUUUUCUCUCAGCAUGACCUCAGCUUCCUGGAUGACGUCAUUCCAGAAAAAGACAAGAAGAAGAAGGAAGAUGAAAAGAAAAAGAAAAAGAAGAAAGGGAGCAUAGACAGUGACCUUGACGAUUCGGACUAUCCGUACAAAGAGAAUGUUCCCAGCAUUAAAAUCCCCAUGGACAUGAUGGAGCAAGAGCCCUUCUUAAGUGAUAUCAAAACCUCAGACCGAGAAAAAACACCAUCUUUCCUCGAGCAACACACAUCGUGCUGAACAGAUUUGUUUCAUAAAGUCUAACUCUAUGUCAAGCCCUCCAAGAACUGUGCCUCAGAUUAGAAUAGAGCUGGAACCGGAAGACAAUUUAUUCUUCUGGGGGAGCCGAGGAUCAGAGACGUCUCUGUAAUCUACACACUUUGUACAUGCUGUCCUUUAUCAGCCAACUCUCACACAA